CGGUGGUGGGAAAGUGAACGAAGGCAGUCAAAGCGGCGCAUCCUGAGGCAGGUGGGGUUUCCGUGGAGCGGGGAAGGCAGGCGACUGGCUAGGGUCCGGCGUGGGAGGCCUGCGGAGCAGCAGCUGCAGACACAGGCAGUGGCAGAGAGGGAAUGGUGCGGGGAGGCGCCAAGAAGGAGGCGCAGUCCGACCCUCUCAGGGUUAGUGAAUGAGGCUCUCUGCCCGGGCCGGCCCGGGGACUGUGUGCUGCGGGACCCAGCAUGAGCGCGGGCCCCGGCUGUGAGCCUUGCACCAAGCGACCCCGCUGGGGCGCCGCUGCAACUUCUCCGCCAGCCACCUCGGACGCACGGAAUUUCCCCGGCAGGCAGGGGCGCGUCCUCGACUCCAAGGACGCUUCGGUGCAAUUCAGGGUCCCACCGUCCUCUCCAGGCUGCGUCCCCGGGCGGGCGGGACCGCACAGAGGCAGCGCCACCUCGCUUGUUUUCAAACAAAAGACUAUUACCACUUGGAUGGACACUAAAGGAAUCAAGACUGCUGAAUCAGAAAGCUUGCGUAGUAAAGAAAACAACAAUACAAGAGCAGAAUCCAUGAUGAGUUCUAUACAAAAACAUAAUUUUUACCAACAUAACAUGGAAAAAUUAGAAAAUGUUUCUCAGUUAAAUCUUGCUAAAUCACCUGUUGAAAAAAGUGUACAAUAUUUGAACCAGCAACAGACUCCAACUAUGUGUAAGUGGCAAAAUGAAGGGAAACAUACGGAGCAGCAUUUGGAGAGUGAGCCUCCGGUAGUAACUCUGGUACCAGAGCAAUUCAAUAAUGCUAAUGUUGAUCAGUCACUCCAAAAUGAUGACCACAGUGACACAGAUAGUGAAGAAAAUAGAGAUAAUCAACAAUUUCUGUCACCAGUAAAACUUGGAAAUGCAAAGCAGACCAUGGAAGAUGAAUUAGCUAGAGAAACCAGAAGCAACCAGAAGUUCAGCAAGCCUUGUCAUGCUAUGGCAGACUGUGUAAGUUGUCAGCAAGAAGAGAUAGAUGUGCCAGAGAGUCCAUUGUCAGAUGUUGGCUCGGCGGAUGUUGGUACUGGACUGAAAAAUGGCAACAAAUUGAGUCGACAAGAAAGUAGCCUAGGGAAUUCUCCCUCACUGGAGAAAGAAAGUGAACCUGAGUCACCAAUGGAUGUGGAUAAUUCCAAAAAUAGUUGUCAAGACUCAGAAGCAGAUGAAGAGACGAGUCCAGGUUUUGAUGAACAGGAGGAUGGCACUUCCUCCCAAACAGCAAAUAAACCUUCAAGGUUUCAAUCAAGAGAAACUGACACUGAACCUAGGAAACGGUAUUCUACAAAGGGAGGAGAAAUAAGAUUACACUUCCAGUUUGAAAGUGAAGAGAGUCGCCCUGGAAUAAACGAUUUAAAUACCAAACUACCUGGAGGUACUCCUAGUCUGAAUGUAGAAUGCAAAAAUUCUAAGCAACAUGGAAAAAAGGAUUCUAAAAUCACAGAUCAUUUUCCAAGAAUGCCUAAAGCAGAGGACAAAAGAAAAGAACAAUGUGAAAUCAAACAUCAAAGGACAGAAAGGAAGAUCCCUAAAUACAUUCCACCUCACCUUUCUCCAGAUAAAAAAUGGCUUGGAACUCCUAUUGAGGAGAUGAGAAGAAUGCCUAGGUGUGGAAUCCGGCUGCCUCUCUUGAGACCCUCCACCAAUCACACAGUAACUAUUCGGGUGGAUCUUCUGCGAGCAGGGGAAGUUCCUAAACCUUUUCCAACACAUUAUAAAGAUUUGUGGGACAACAAGCAUGUUAAAAUGCCUUGUUCAGAACAAAACUUGUACCCUGUGGAAGAUGAGAAUGGUGAGCGAACUGCCGGGAGCCGAUGGGAGCUCAUUCAGACUUCACUUCUCAACAAAUUCACACGGCCCCAAAACCUGAAGGAUGCUAUACUGAAAUACAAUGUGGCAUAUUCUAAGAAAUGGGACUUUACAGCUUUGGUUGAUUUCUGGGAUAAGGUACUUGAAGAAGCAGAAGCUCAACAUUUAUAUCAGUUCAUUUUGCCUAAUAUGGUGAAAAUUGCACUCUGUCUGCCAAAUAUUUGCACCCAGCCAAUACCACUCUUGAAACAGAAGAUGAAUCAUUCCAUCACAAUGUCACAGGAACAGAUUUCCAGUCUUUUAGCUAAUGCUUUUUUCUGCACAUUUCCACGACGAAAUGCUAAGAUGAAAUCGGAGUAUUCUAGUUACCCAGAUAUUAACUUCAAUCGGGUGUUUGAAGGACGUUCAUCACGGAAACCAGAGAAGCUUAAAACGCUCUUUUGCUACUUUAGAAGAGUCACAGAGAAAAAACCUACUGGGUUGGUGACAUUUACAAGACAGAGUCUUGAAGAUUUUCCAGAGUGGGAAAGAUAUGAAAAGCCCCUGACUCGGUUACAUGUCACUUAUGAAGGUACUAUAGAGGGAAAUGGUCGCGGCAUGUUGCAGGUAGAUUUUGCAAAUCGUUUUGUUGGAGGUGGUGUAACUAGUGCAGGACUUGUGCAAGAAGAAAUCCGGUUUUUAAUCAAUCCUGAGUUGAUUGUAUCACGACUCUUCACUGAAGUGCUGGAUCACAAUGAAUGUCUUAUCAUCACAGGUACUGAACAGUACAGUGAUUACACAGGCUAUGCUGAAACAUACCGCUGGGCCCGAAAUCAUGAAGAUGGGAGUGAGAGGGACGACUGGCAGAGGCGCUGCACUGAGAUUGUUGCCAUUGAUGCACUUCACUUCAGACGCUACCUCGAUCAGUUUGUGCCUGAGAAAAUCAGACGUGAGCUUAACAAGGCUUACUGUGGGUUUGUCCGUCCUGGAGUUUCUUCAGAGAACCUUUCUGCAGUGGCCACAGGAAACUGGGGCUGUGGUGCCUUUGGGGGUGAUUCUAGAUUAAAAGCCUUAAUACAGAUACUGGCAGCUGCUGCAGCUGAACGAGAUGUGGUUUAUUUCACCUUUGGGGACUCAGAAUUGAUGAGAGACAUUUACAGCAUGCACACUUUCCUCACUGAGAGGAAACUGACUGUUGGAGAAGUAUAUAAGCUGUUGCUGCGAUACUACAAUGAAGAAUGCAGAAACUGUUCUACCCCUGGACCAGAUAUCAAACUUUAUCCAUUCAUAUACCAUGCUGUUGAGUCCUGUGCAGAGACCACCAACCAGCCUGGGAAAAGGACAGGAACCUAAAUUGCAAGGGAACUUUCCGCCUCUCACUAGAAAUGUUCUGUUUGAAUUGUCAGGUGUAAUAUAUGAACUGAUUUAACUUAAUAUAAAUGUGUAUAUAAUCCACAUUUGUAGUAUGGAUGUAAUCCCUUCUGCAUACAUGGGCUUUUCAGUUUGUAUGAUGAAGCCCCUUCCAUCCUGACAUACAGGGACUUAGAUACGUUUUAUUUCCAUUUUUUUCUAUUUCAGUCUUCCUUCUUUAAUUUUACUUUCUUUUGCCCAUCACAGCUCAUGUGAAAUCACAUGGAAGACUGUGCUUAGUCUCUUCAAGUCUCUCUGUGAUACCUAUAUGUUAUACCAGUUGCCUCUACAAUUAGCAGAUGCAGUGGUUCCAAGGAAUAGAGUUGAAAUCCAAGAAGCUCUUUAACUGAGUUUGCUGAGGAUGAGGAUUACCCUGUGAGCCUUUUACCCCAACUUUUGUUGUGAUUGCAUUGUUUGAAUUUUUGAAUUUUGAAAAUUAAGGAUUGGGCUUUUUUUUUUUUCCUUUCAAUUUUUUACACCUGUUGCAUAAUGCAGUCUAAAAGAUUAAAACAAUUUUUUAUUUUACAAAGAAGAAUUUCCAGAAAUAGUUCUUUUGAGACUUUACCUGCAAUGGUUGGUUUGUCCUUUUUCCCCUCUGAUCAAUUUUUCUUGAUCCUACUUUUGGAAACUGACCAAAAUGGAAAAAUACAUAGAACAAAAGAGAGUCUUCUCCAUAUCAUGUAAAGAAAAUAGGUUCAAGAGAGUUGAAGGAUUUUUUGGUAACUUGGGAUUAUUUUUCUUUCCUUUUUAAAUUAGGAUUAAUGUUUGCUCUGUGGUGCUUGAAGCAUAUUCUUAUAACCAAAGUGUGGGAACUGGGAACUUCAUGCUUGAUUUGUACAUAUUAACAUUUCUCUGGUAUUGAAAGGUUAUAGAAUUAAUAAAUUUUUAUUAACAAAUCAUUUUUCAGAAACUCCCAUAUCGCCUAUAUUUUAUAUAUAUGAAUACAUGUUCUUUAAAUGUGUCUACAUGUAAGCGAAUAAAACUGGAGUGAUGGAAAA